AUGCAGGAUCUAGUGAGUCUCGAGGAAAUUGCUUGCCUUCCUAAUGGCUACCAAGAUGGUCUCGAAGAUAAGGGAUUGCAAUUGCAAGUGUUGGACUUUCCCUCCUCUUUCUCGAGUUUGAAUGAUUCAGACUUUUCCUUUCUGGACAUGGAGUCGCAAAAUGAGAAUGCUGAUCAAGAGAUGUUCGAUAUAAUGGACAGUUUCACGUCGUUUCCACAAGUAUCACCACAAGAGCAUGAUUCCAUUCCGACUCCUGAUAACCAAAUAUUUGAGUUUCAGACUUUUAAUGACUUUGGAGAGUCUGCUUCGUCACUGGAAAUCACCCCUACUUCUAGCAUAGCACACGAUAAUGACUAUGUCUAUUCUAAAGAUGGCCAGAUCGAAGAAAAUACAGCGAGACUGGUUUCAGCGGCUGCCGAAGAACCGAGAACCUUUCGCGAAUGGGAUCUGGUGACGGCAGAGGCAUCAAAGAUGGCCUCGCCAGGGUACUAUGGAUCGCAAAAAGAAGAAUGUCUAAGUGGAGGACAUCACAAGGGUAGUAAGAAAACCAAGUACACGAAUAUUCAAGUUUCCUUCAGCGAGACUAUUCCGGAGAAGCUCAACCAGUGGCUCAAUCAGCACUUUUAUCCUUAUAUUCAGCCCAAUGGUAUCACAUAUGCCAGAUUUCGCAAAGUGCCUGAAAACGAUGAAUAUAUUUACAAGAGAAACCCCAAAGCGGAGAUUUUCCUUCCACCACGGUAUUCAAAUUCUAGUGCCAACUACUAUGAGCCAUUGGUUGUGAGAUACAGAAAGUCACACCAGGAACGAGGUCAAGGAGACGGCGAGGGGCUGUGCCCAUAUUGCCAAUCUGACGAUCUCAGUGAGCUGUUUUUUGAAAGAAAAGACUCCAAUUAUCUCCAUCACGUCACUAAACUGCACGGUGUCUAUUCGAAUGGAAUGGAGAUGCCUUUUCCUCGAAUGGUUGGCGAAGCAUUGGAGAUCAAGCAUCUCAAGACUCGCGGGAGAACAGAGCGGAGGGUCCAUAGUGUCGAAUGCGAGAAAUGUCACGAAACUGUCAAGAUUCAGCAGCUGGACUGCGAUAAAGAAGGAAAUAAGUUCCUGGCAUAUUUCCGUCACAUGCUGCUUCACAACGAAAAGAAGAAUGUGGGUAAACGCACCUCCAAAUUUAGUUUAUUCAAUUAA